CUCUAAGUUGUGAACUACCUCUGGCAGCGUUUUUUUGAGGAAUGUUAUUUCCGAUCCCGAACCCUCAUUCCUGGAAUUACUGAUUCCAGCUUGGCUCAAUAACAAAAAUGGCUGGUGCCACCUGGGAAUCAUGGGGAUCGGCAGCACGAGAAGAAACGCUGAGCGAACGUCUAAUCAAUGGAUUAAAAGACGACGAUCUGCUGCACUCCAACGCCGAGCAUGCUGACAUGCACGUAGAUUGCCCAACAAGCGGUCUGAUAGUUGAGUUACUGUGUGUCCGGCUUCGUGUUUCCGGGAUGGUGACUCCGCAAAAUGAGGAAUUUGCUAGAACAAAACUUGUUAGGUUCCUGCAUCGGACGGACACCAUAUGUAGCUGUAAGCUGCAACGGUGCUUGACAAGGUUUGUAGUGCCCGAACAAAAUGACAAAGCUGCACCGAGUCCACUUGAACUUUCGCAGAGUGAGCCUUGCAGCUUCGGCCCGUGGAUCAGGGUUGGAGUUUCAGGUAUCCCAGGUUGCCAAAAGCCCGAGAGAGCUGAGGCGUUGUGGGGAGAAUUUGUAUUGUCUCAAAAUCAUUCCCAUAAGAGCUCUGGAGUGAGAUUAAUGAUGUCACUACAGGCAUUCAUGCACUCGUGCCGCCGGGUGUCUGCUUGCGGCAUAGAACACGUUACUUCUGACCUUGUCGAUAGCCCAAAUGCUGGUAUUUUGAUGUAGCACAGCAUACAGUAAGUAGUAAAGGCUUCUGCUCCUUGUCUGCCGCCAAGUGCCACUGCAUUUUAGGUACC